AUGCCCUUGUCGCGUUCGGCCAGGAUUAUACUCCUGCUCAUAAUAGAUGUCUGUUUCUUUCUUGUCGAACUCGUUGUUGGUUACGCCGUUGGCUCCCUUGCUCUCGUAGCAGACAGCUUUCAUAUGCUCAAUGAUGUUAUGAGCUUGCUCGUUGCUCUCUAUGCCAUCAAGCUAACUAACGGAAACUCGCCCGAUUCUCGUUAUUCGUACGGUUGGCACAGAGCUGAAAUCCUCGCGGCACUCAUCAAUGGUGUUUUCCUCCUGGCCCUCUGCUUUACCAUUUCAUUAGAGGCUAUCGAAAGAUUUUUCUCUGUACCCGAUAUCUCCAAUCCAAAGCUUGUCGUCAUUGUAGGUUCAUUGGGAUUGGCAUCGAAUAUCGUUGGAUUGUUCCUGUUCCAUGAACACGGUCAUAGUCACUCGCAUGCACAUACACACUCCCCUGCAAGGUCCGAAACCUCUUCCAGUGCUGCCAGUGUCCACAGCGUGGAGAACACUAUUAGAGGCGACACCACCCCUACAAAAAAACAACCAAUCCCCGUACGCGGUCGCUCGACUUCCCGCUCGCGCCCUAGCCACAGUCAUGUCCAUUCCCCAUCGGAUUCCUUCUCUUCUCUUUAUGGUCAUCCUGCCGCGACUCGCGCGUCUCUUAUGCAAACUGCCAAUGAAAUCGCGUCGGCCCGAUCACCCUCACCACCCCGCCAUAGCGGCAGUUAUACCCAUCGCCUGUCUUUCGACUCUUCUGUGGUAACAUCUCCCAUUGUUCCCCAGGCCACCCCCGUUACCCCAGGAGCCACGAUGGGCUCUCCGGUAGAGUUUUCAAGCGAGGGAACCCCACUUCUGCACGAUCCACACGAACAUUCCCCGGAAGAACACGGCCAUGGUGGACCUCAUACCCAUGGACAUUCUCAUGGAUCAAUGAACAUGCGAGCUUUGGUACUGCACGUCAUCGGGGAUGCAUUGGGGAACGUCGGGGUCAUUUCAACGGGCCUUAUCAUUUGGCUCUCCACCUGGUCGUACAAAUAUUACUGCGAUCCCGUCAUCAGUCUGGUGAUCACCGUGAUUAUCUUCUCCAGUGCUCUUCCACUAGUUCGGAGCACAUCGUUUAUCUUGCUGCAAGGAGUUCCACCUACAGUUUCCCUGGAAGAAGUUAAAAAUUCCAUUCUGAACGUCGACGGCGUUCUGUCUCUCCAUGAAUUGCAUGUUUGGCAACUGUCUGAAAGCAAGCUAGUUGCUUCUGUUCAUGUUCUCGCUUCACGAAAUCACGAUUUCAUGCCUGUCGCCGCAAAGAUCAGAAAAGUCCUUCAUCAUCUUGGAAUACACUCUUGUACUAUACAACCCGAAUACUAUCAUCCCAAUACAACAAUCCCGGACGAGCAUCUCAAGACAAACGGGGAAACCAACUGUCUUAUCUUAUGUCCACCUGACCAAUUUUGCGACCCGGCAGAGAACGCUUGUUGUCCCCCUCCACCACCGACCACUGAUGUCUAA